AUGCUGAAGCAGCGGCUUCAGGCGGGGCAACACAGGAACCUGCGCAGCGCAUUGGUACACAUAACUCACGGUGUUACACCUGGUGUUGCUACGGAUACAGCACCAACAAGCAUGCGAGUACGAGGUAUUCCGAACCUUCUCAGUGGGAUACCUGUCAUGCUGCUACGUGAUGUCCCUUUCGCUGUCAUACAGAUGUUGUGCUAUGAGGCACUCAAAGUGGCACUGCACACAGACAGACGGCCCCAUUACUUACCACUAUGUGGCGCAUUAGGAGGCGCUACCGCCGCAUUUAUUACAACACCGCUAGACCUUCUGAAGACGCGCAUUAUGCUUGGACAGGUGAGCAGCCCGAGGGCGGGGCGCCCAAAAAAACUUUCAGUGGUGUGUGGUGCGCUUCAGGAGUUACUUCAUGAAGUACCGCGCCCAACGGAUAGGUGGGGGCCCAUGCAGCGAUUCUUCCGCGGUGCAGUUCCUCGCGUAACGUGGAUUUCCAUCGGCGGUAGUGUCUUCUUUACAACAUACGAAGUGGUUCGUCGUUAUUGUAGUUGUUAUCGUUUCCAUGAAAAAUAA